AAGAAAGGGAGGGAGAGAGAGAGCGCGUGUGUGUGUGAAUGUGACGCUCGAGACAAGUAGAAAAAGGUGAGAAAAUAGAAUAGAAAUCGAUUCGAAAAAAACAACACGAUUACCGUUGCGGUUGUUUAUGCAUCGUCGGUCGCAGCUUCGAGAUGUCUUACUCGUCACGCAGUUCCCUGGACUGUAAGGUGUACGUGGGUGACCUGGGCAAUGGUGCGGCGAAGGGUGAGCUGGAGCGCGCCUUCAGCUACUACGGGCCUCUGCGGAGCGUCUGGGUGGCACGCAACCCUCCGGGCUUCGCUUUUGUCGAGUAUGAAGACUCCAGAGACGCAGAGGACGCUGUGAAGGGCAUGGAUGGCAAAAUGCUCUGCGGGGCCCGCAUCCGUGUCGAGAUGUCAAAUGGAAUGUCCCGGAAGUCCCGCUUCGGCCGGCCAAGCCGCAGGCAGUUUGAUCCUAACGACCGCUGCUACCAGUGCGGAGAGACAGGUCACUACGCUUACGACUGCUACCGCUACAGCAAGAGAGGCGGCAGACGCAGCAGGUCUCGCUCUCGGUCCAGAUCUCGCGGCCGUCGCCACCACUCUCGCAGCCGCAGCUACGAGCGGAGAUAUCGCUCUCCAUCCUACUCCAGAAGGCGAAGCAGGUCGGCGUCCCCAGGCCGCUCCAGAUCCCGAACCCCAGUUCGUCGCUCUCGUUCCCCUGUGCGCCGCUCCAGAAGUCCUGCCAGGAGGUCCAGAACGCCAGUCCGCAGGACCAGUCGCUCACGUUCUCAUUCACGUUCCCGCUCCGGCUCCAGACAGAGAGCGCGCAGCGCAUCCAGAUCGAGAUCCAGAUCUCGUUCUCGCUCCAUAAGCAAGAAAAGAGACAGCCGCUCUAGAUCCGUCAGCCCGAGAAAGAGCCCGACGCCUGACGCAGACUGAUUCAGAUCGUCUCUCUCUCUCUCUUCCUCCCUCUCCCCCCCCAUGCUUCUCUGCUGUACCUCUUUCAACUGACGAACCUCCAUUGACCGGUGUCCUUGUGACUCGUGUCCCAUCUCUGUCACCCUCCUUUCAGUUUUCGGUUUCAUACAUCUGCACCCGCACCUGUCCGUCUCUGCUCUUCCCACUUUCCUCUCUUUACCAAAUUUUUUCACAAGUUUCCUUUCCAUUUUAAAAACGUAUUCUUAAAAUGGUUUUAAGCCAUUUGUUUUAGUUUCAGGCCCGAGACUGUGGUUUUGUAUCGAACGGGACAGUCAGCGGUGUCGGGAUUGGAAAAAAAAGAAUGAGCCAUAAUUGGGUCACGCUAGGCUUGAAGUUGUCUUUGUUUUUGGGUUUUGUUUUUUUUUUUUUCGUUUGUUUGGUUUUUUCCCUCCCCUGCUAUGAAAACGCCAGUGGUCUUUUUAAUAAACUGAGUCUUUACACAUCA